AGAAAAGCACGCCAUGCGAACUAAGGUCAGAGAUCUGACGGAAAAUCACAAGGGAUAUUUAAAAAUUCUCAAAACAAAACACAGCGCUCAGCUCCGUAAAAUCAGGGAGAAACAUGCCCAAGAAACAUCACAAAAAGAUCAGUGCUGUUUACAACUUCACAAAGAUCUCCAACUUUUAAGACCUCAUGCCAAGUUCUGUGCACCACUUGCCGACCAAGCAAUUGGUUCGUUAAAUUAUUUCACUGAACGGAAGAUUAAAGAACUGGAAGAACAAGUGAGGCUUAUGAAGCACGAGGCGGAAAGAUCAGAGGACAGGUUCAUGUCAAUGGAAGCUUCAUACAUGGUGAAAAUCAAACAGAUUCAAGAGGAGCUGGACAAUGUACAGCUUGUACCUUCUCAGAAGCUGCUGCUGGAGCUCAAAGAUGUAGCAGAAGACUUUGAAGAGGAGAAUGAACAGUUACACCAGAGAGUGAACUGGCUGCGACACGUCGAGGCACAAAAUGAGAAUCUUCAAGCAAUAUUGGAGCAAUAUGAGGAGCAACAACACGAAAUGCAGGAACAAUUAGAGCAGGUUACCAAGGGAGCAACUUCCCAGGAAAAGGAAGAACUGGAAACCCUUCAGCAAGCAACACAGCAGGAGCGCACAGAGCAAGAUCCGUCCUCCUGCAAGAAUGAAUUGGCUGAGCUAAGACAUGGACCUCUUCGUGUCAGACCAGCGCGCAGGAAGUACACCAUUAGUUUGGAAUCAAUCGAGGAAUGUGAGGAGGCUUUGGAGAUAGACCCCAGUGAACAGGUGGUGGUGGCACGGAAGGCGAAGAGUCGAGUGAAUUUCUUCAAGCGCUUCUUUACUGCUCGAAAAUGAAGACUUCCCGGACCAGGUCACGCUACUUGGUCUUGGCGUACUUUGCGACACCACAUUUGCUUGUUUACAUGGGCCUGGUGAGACUUUUUGGACGCACUACAGAUGGGAAUGACACCAAUAUAUUUAUCAAAGCUGUUAAUGAGUUGAACACUGACCACAGGUGUAUAAAUGAAUACUGUAUUGUUAAUGUAUGAAAUGUAUGAACGCAGCCCCCAGCGAUGCAUGUUGGUGUUGAACCGGCCGAACCCCUGCACGGAGCCAGUUCAGGGCCACCCACUCUUUGCAGGGCAUGUCCGAGCCAGGUGGGGCUGUGGUGUUCGGUGCAACAGUGAAUUGAGGAGGUCGGGAAGUCUGUUCCCAGCUGGUUCUCCAAGCUCCUAGUGUGUUGAAACCGGAGCCACAGAGGGUGGCUGCGUGACGGGAGAAGGGGCGACAAGAUGACAGGCGUUGAGGUCCCAGUUGCUGUGAGUCCUGGGCGAGGUGGUGCAAAGGAUGUUUGGCAUCCAAUGGGGCCUUGCACACCAGCCUGUGGGUGAAGUACUCUCUGCGAAGCUUGGCGGGUGCGAUAACUGCGAGCACCGGCAGAAGAUCCGGAGUAGGACGUAGGCAGCCGGUGAUGAUCCGCAUGGUGUCGUUGAGGAUGGCGUCU